AUGGCUGGUCUAGUCGCAUACGCCAGCAGUGACGAUGACGAUGAAGUUCAAGACGUCGUUCCCGAGAAGACUGAGAACUCCAAGACGAGCACACCUCCCGUUCAAAACACCGACUCAAAUUCUACCAAGCAACCCUCACCACCACCCCAAAAACAUCAUGAGGCUCCAGAGCCAGAAGUAACGAUCGGCCCAGUCCAACAACACUCAGUCCCGCUAGGCCCAGCCUUACCACAAAUGGAACCACAAGGUCCCGAAGGCCCUCCAUCCCAAGCAGACGACGGCCAGCCCCGAGCCUCGCCGUACACGGCCUCCCGCGCCCUGCUCCGGGACCUGACCCUUCCCACCGUCCCGAACUUCGACAUCCCCCCCUCGCCGCCGGGCUCGCCCCUCCCGGCCCUGGAAACCAAAUUCACGCAGUUCCUGGAGCUCAAGAACAAGGGCGUCCACUUCAACGCCAAGCUCGCCCAGUCGGCCGCCCUGCGCAACCCGAGCCUGACGGACAAGCUCCUGGGCUUCGUCGAGCUCGACGGCCGCGCGGGCUACGCCACCACCCUGCCCCGCGACAUCUGGGAUCCCACAUCCGAGGAGAGCCUGCCCGAGUGGGCUUCCAGGACCGCGCUGCGUCAGAGCCAGGAGCGGGUGCGCGCCGACCGCGCCGAGCUGAGGAGGGCCGGCGGGCCCGUCGAGUUCGUUCCUGCUGCUGCUGCUGCUGCUCCCGCUUACGAAGUCGCCGUACCCGGGGGUAACGAGGCGACGGAGCAAGGGGGCCUUCGCCCGGGUAAGCGAAAAGCGGGCGCCUGGUGA